GAAUGCAAAGCGCCAUCCAGUGCUGGGGGAACAGGAGCAUUUGCGCAGAUAGUCUGCGCUGCCUCCAACAGACACGCAGCAUUUCAGCCGGGGAAGUUUGUUGAUUUUUAGUCCCGCUGCCGAGCAAUCCGCCUGCAAAGUGUCUGCAAGGAGUAGCUAGUGCAACCAACCGCUGCUUACCGGACUUGUGUCAGCACCAGGGAUUGAACAUGGUGAUCAAAGUAUACAUAGCAUCGUCCUCCGGAUCCACUUCGAUUAAAAAGCAGCAGCAGGAUGUGAUGGGCUUCCUGGCGGCUAAUAAGAUCGAAUUCGAGGAGCGUGACAUCGCAGCCAACGAGGACAACAGGAAGUGGAUGAGAGAGAAUGUUCCGGAGGAGUCCAGGCCGGCCACGGGGAACCCUCUCCCCCCACAGAUAUUCAACGAAAGCAAAUAUUGCGGGAACUAUGAGGCCUUCUUCGAUGCCAGAGAGGACAACGCCGUGUAUGCAUUUCUGGGUUUGACUGCUCCCCCGGGCUCAAAGGAGGCCGAGGCUCUAGCGAAGAAAGCACAGCAGUAGCAUCUUUACACCGUUUCUACCUGAGACCUAAAUCCAGAUCUGGACCCGGACGGACCUGGAACUAAGCCAGGAUAUUAAAAAAAAGCAACAUUUCACUUGGCUAUUAAAUAUGUGGAUGGUUUUGAGUAUGUUUUUUUCUAUUAUUCUAUGUUCAGUUGUGCCUUGUCAGCUGUAGUGAAAGGAGGUGCUAAAGCAGAGCAUUAUGGGUAUCUACAAACCGCUCUGCCUCCUCCCAAUAACCUCAGCCUGCUAAGCCUAUUGGCUUAAUGACAUGUCAAUCAACCAUUAGCAUGAACGUGUAGCUUCCUUUUUUUUUAUUGAGAUCAGACACAACAAAAUGUAAGCACUUUGAAAAAUUGUAACACAGAUUCAUCGUUUGGCCAACAGAACAUCAUUCAUGAAACUCAUUUCACUCGACAGGUUUAUUAGAAGUGAUCUGUUGAAUCCUGGAAACAUGUUGUGCUUCUGCCAAUCACGUCAUGGCCAAACCUGCAGCACCUUCUCUAAAAGUAAUCCAUUACAAUCCUGUGCUCCAUGUUCUUAUAUAUUGUCUUAAUGCUGUUUUAAUAGUUUGACAAACUUUUUUCUACGAGAUAAUAAAUGUUUAAAAUAACACAUGCCAAAAUUACAAGUCUGCAAACAUAGAGGGAUGUAAAAUUGAGUGUUUUUUUAUUUGCUGUUUUUGUUUAUAGGGGAGUUGGAUCGCUGUUUCGUUUCGUUAUAAGCAUCCUGUUUCACAAUGUAAUGUUGGUAAUCCCCGUCUUACAUCAAAAAUAAAAAUAAAACUGCAAAUAAAACUGCAAGCCUGACUCUCA